AUGGAACAUGCUUGGGGCUCAUACGUUACUGCGUCAAAGGUUUGGUUCUACUCCAUCUUCUGGGCGCUGCAUUUUGUCAUCUUUGCGGUGGGAUGGUACGUCCAGGCUUCGGACCAGAGGCUGGCUACGCUCAAUACUCUGCAGUAUUCCGUUUGGAUAUCACGAGGCGCUGGACUGGUGUUGACAUGCGAUGCCACCCUCCUACUACUGCCCAUGUGCCGAAACCUUGUCAAAACCAUAAGACCUAGGGUACGAUGGCUACCACUAGAUGAAACAGUAUGGUUUCAUCGUCAGGUAGCUUAUGCCCUUCUGCUUUUCACCAUAGUCCAUGCGGCGGCCCAUUAUGUGAAGUAAGCCAAUCCAUACGACAACGAGGCUACCGUUCUAACAAAAGUAGCUUUUACAACGUCGAAAAAGAUCAUAUCCGGCCUGUUAAAGCCGUGCAAAUUCACUAUACAGAAGCUGGCGGAAUUACCGGACAUGUCAUGCUCCUUUGCAUGAUGCUGAUGUACACCACGUCCCAUCAGCGCAUUCGGCAACAGUCCUUUGAGACGUUCUGGUAUACGCACCAUCUUUUCGUACCGUUCCUUUUAGCCUUAUAUACACAUGCAACCGGCUGCUUCGUGCGAGACACAACAGAGCCUAUCUCGCCUUUCGCUGGUUCUAGAUUCUGGAACCACUGCUUAGGCUACGAAGGCUGGAGAUGGGAACUAGUGGCCGGAGGAUUGUACAUGCUUGAAAGGCUGUACCGUGAGAUCCGAGCACGACGCCAUACUGUUAUUCUAAAGGUGGUUCGUCAUCCGUAUGAUGCUAUGGAGAUUCAGUUUCGCAAGGAUAGUAUGAAGUAUAAGGCUGGCCAAUGGCUCUUCAUCCAGUGUCCUGAUGUAUCCAGCAACCAAUGGCAUCCCUUCACAAUUACGUCCUGCCCAUUCGAUCCAUACAUUAGCAUUCACGUUCGCCAAGUCGGUGAUUUCACUCGUGCAUUGGGUGACGCACUAGGAUGCGGACCAGCGCAGGCCAGAGAUAUGGAAGGACUCGACCCGCUGGGAAUGUAUGAAGUCGCCCUGCAUAACGGACAAAAGAUGCCUAGACUGCGGGUUGAUGGACCAUACGGAGCUCCAGCCGACGAUGUCUUCGACAAUGAGGUGGCCGUCCUCAUCGGGACGGGAAUAGGUGUCACACCAUGGGCAUCUAUCCUCAAGAAUAUUUGGCACCUACGGUCCGACCCUAAAUUAGCCGGCCGUCUCCGUCGCGUCGAGUUCAUUUGGGUCUGUAGGGACACCUCGUCUUUCGAAUGGUUCCAAGCCUUGCUCUCCUCCCUUGAAUCGCAGUCGGCGGCCGAAGCAGAGUUCAGUGGGAAGGCCGAGUUUUUGCGCAUUCACACCUACCUCACACAACGACUAGAUGAUGAUACAGCCGCUAAUAUCUUUCUCAAUUCAGUCGGUCAGGCUGUCGAUCCACUUACAGAGCUGCGAAGUAGGACGAACUUUGGCCGUCCAGACUUCAAACGCCUUUUCACUGCUAUGCGUGAUGGUCUACAAGACCAAACCUAUCUAUCAGGUGUCCAUGGAAAUUCAACUACGGAAAUUGGAGUCUACUUCUGUGGUCCCAAUGCUGCGGCCAGGCAAAUUCGAGAGGCGGCCAUGUCCACCUCAACGAGGGAUAUCCGGUUCAAAUUCUGGAAGGAACACUUCUAA